UCAGCUUUUCCCCUAAAGGUGGAGAGUGGGAUUCGGGCUGGACGCGCUGGGAGCAGGUGAAGAAGCAUCGGGCUCCCGCUCCGCUUUCUCUUCUGGUGGGUCUGAGUCAAGAGCAAAGGACGGAGAUUCUUGCUCGGCCUCCUGAGCUUCAGAGAACUGUUGCCCCGAACCCAGGCACUUUGCCCUAUCUCAUCUCCCCCUGGCACAUCUGCAGCCAGUCCCCGUGCAUCUAUCUGCUGGUGCUCAGGGCUCCGGGAAGGGGUGGACCGGGGGCAGCUCAGGUGCUGGCGAGCGCCGGGCUGGCUCGGAGCGAGGGAGCUGUCCGGGGUGCUGAAGCUUUCCGCCAACACAACGGGGCGUUGUGUUGCACGUUUUCGCUCCAGGUUCUCUCCCGGCCCAUGCCUUGGAUAAAAUUCAUUGCAGAAUCGUGAAGAUCUCGACGUAUCAUGGCCCAAGUGAGACACAUUCGAACGUUAGUUUCGGGAUUUUACUUCUGGGAAGCGGCACUGUUACUCAGUUUGGUUGCUACAAAAGAAACCAAUAGUGCGAGAUCCCGAAGUUCUCCAAUGUCACCUUCUGACUUCUUGGAUAAGCUGAUGGGGAGGACAUCUGGCUAUGAUGCAAGAAUCAGACCCAAUUUCAAAGGCCCUCCAGUCAAUGUCACAUGCAACAUAUUUAUAAAUAGCUUUGGUUCCAUCGCUGAGACAACCAUGGAUUACAGAGUGAACAUCUUUCUUCGUCAGAAAUGGAAUGAUCCUCGUCUGGCCUACAGUGAAUACCCCGAUGACUCCUUAGAUCUGGACCCAUCUAUGUUGGACUCCAUUUGGAAGCCAGACUUGUUCUUUGCCAAUGAAAAGGGAGCCAACUUUCAUGAAGUUACUACAGAUAACAAACUGUUGAGAAUUUUCAAGAACGGAAAUGUUCUUUAUUCAAUUAGAUUGACAUUAACACUUUCCUGUCCAAUGGAUCUCAAGAAUUUUCCAAUGGAUGUACAAACAUGUAUAAUGCAACUUGAAAGCUUUGGAUAUACAAUGAAUGACCUCAUUUUUGAAUGGCAAGAUGAGGCUCCUGUACAAGUGGCAGAAGGACUUACUCUGCCCCAGUUUCUAUUGAAAGAAGAGAAAGACUUACGAUACUGCACUAAACAUUACAACACAGGAAAAUUUACAUGUAUAGAAGUGCGAUUCCAUCUGGAGCGACAAAUGGGAUACUAUCUGAUCCAGAUGUACAUCCCCAGUCUCCUGAUCGUUAUUCUGUCCUGGGUUUCAUUCUGGAUCAAUAUGGAUGCUGCGCCUGCCAGAGUAGCUUUGGGAAUAACCACUGUACUGACCAUGACCACACAGAGUUCAGGAUCACGAGCUUCCUUACCAAAGGUGUCUUAUGUCAAAGCUAUUGACAUUUGGAUGGCAGUAUGCCUCCUUUUUGUGUUUUCAGCACUUCUGGAAUAUGCAGCUGUCAAUUUUGUUUCAAGACAACAUAAAGAACUUCUGAGAUUUCGACGAAAGAGAAAGAAUAAAACAGAAGCUUUUGCAUUGGAGAAGUUUUACCGUUUCUCAGACACGGAUGAUGAGGUAAGGGAAAGUCGAUUCAGCUUUACAGCAUAUGGAAUGGGACCGUGUCUGCAAGCAAAAGACGGUGUGACCCCUAAAGGCCCCAACCAUCCUGUCCAGCCCAACUCUUUCACAGCUGACAGAAUGCCAAGAGGUUUUAACUGCUAGAUACAGGAUAAUCUACAUGAAAGGAAUCAAGAGACAAAGAAUUCUUGACUGGGUCAAUCCCAGCACAUGAAAAAAAUGUUGUUUUUGAAAUAUUAACAUUACUGGCUGAAUUUCUUUGACUUAGCUAACCAGCUGCAGAAAAAUCUCAGCAUAAUCAAUAUAUAAAAGAAAGGUUCCAUAGGCAAUUAAAAUACAUUGUCAAAAUGACCGAGUUUUACUCCAACUCUACCACAUGUUAAUUCACCUUACUUCAAUAGAUGAUUAAAAAUCUAUUCCAUCAAAGUAAGAAUACUCUCCUCACUGCGUCUUUGAAGUCACAAAAGCAAAACUUUUUUAAGUUGACUAUCCUUUCUACUAUUUCUUUUUUAUUUUUAAUAUCUGAAUUAAUUUUAUUUUUAUUUAUAUGUGAUGAUAAAAUGGAAAUAUUUUAUUCAACAUUAAAAACAUAUGAAGCUUAUUUUACCAGCACUUGGAUGAAAUAACUAUCUCUUCUCUCAGUCAUCUUGAAGAAAAAGAAAAUAGUGAAUCGUCAUUUAUUUAUUGUGCAUGGAAACUAUAAUUUAAGAAGAAAAAUUACAAAUAAUCACUCACUUUAAAAAAUAGAAAGUAAUAGAAAUUAAUGUAAGUUUUAGAAAAUUGUGAUGGGGGGGCAGAAAAAACUCCGAGAGGGAAGGGGCAGAAAAAGUCAAAAAGAAGGUAGAAAAUCAUGAUGUCUGCUAAAAUUAUAAUAUAUAUUGGAGAAAAGUGAGUGAACAUGAAAUUAUUUCAGUUGAGCAAAUGUUUUAAAUUACUUUGAAUUCUUUCUGAUUCUUCAUUAUUCAUCCUCAAAUCUUUCCUUUGAUAUGUGUCCAUACUUCAAUAAAUCUGCCAUAUUUUACUGUUUGUUUGAUGUUCAAUACAAAAGAGAAAUUAACUUUCCAUUUCUGUGCAUUUAUAAUGACAUUAUCAAUAGUAAAAUGCAUUAUUAAUGAAACUUCCUGAAGAUAUUGUUGUAACCAUUUUAAAAACUGAAAAGCAAAUGCAUAAAUCAAACCAUAUUCAUGGCUGAAAAUAAAUCAA